CGGGGCCGGGGCUGAGGGGGCUGAGGGGACGGCGGUCGCCAUGGACCUGGCGGCGGCGGCGGCGGCGGCGGGCGGCGGGGCGGCAGCGGCGGCGCCUCAGCAGCUGCGGGAUGAGGUGGCCGAGAAGUGCCAGAAGCUGUUCCUGGCCUUCCUGGAGGAGUUCCAGAACAGUGAUGGGGAAGUCAAAUACCUGCGUGAUGCUGAAGAACUGAUUCGGCCAGAGCGGAACACGCUGAUCGUCAGCUUUGUGGAUUUGGAGCAGUUCAAUCAGCAGCUCUCUACCACUGUUCAGGAGGAAUUUUACAGGGUUUAUCCUUACCUUUGCCGAGCAGUAAAGACUUUUGCCAGAGACCAUGGAAAUAUUCCCUCAAACAAGGAUUUCUAUGUUGCCUUCCAAGAUCUGCCUACCAGGCACAAAAUUCGAGAACUGACAUCGGCGAAAAUUGGCUCUCUGAUGCGUAUCAGUGGACAGGUGGUACGUACCCACCCAGUUCAUCCUGAGCUUGUAAGUGGAACCUUCCUGUGCCUGGACUGUCAGACAGUGAUAAAAGAUGUGGAACAGCAAUUUAAAUACACGCAGCCAAACAUCUGCAGAAACCCAGUCUGUGCCAACAGAAGGAGAUUCCUGCUGGACACAAACAAAUCAAGAUUUGUUGACUUCCAAAAGGUCCGCAUUCAGGAGACACAGGCUGAGCUGCCGCGAGGCAGCAUUCCUCGCAGCGUGGAGGUGAUCUUGCGUGCAGAAGCAGUGGAGUCUGCCCAGGCAGGUGACAAAUGUGACUUCACAGGAUCACUGAUUGUCGUGCCUGAUGUGGCUCAGCUCUCAACACCAGGAGUGCGCGCGGAAACCAGCUCCCGGCUGAGCGGGACAGAGGGCUACGAAACCGAAGGCAUCCGAGGACUUCGUGCCCUUGGAGUCAGAGAACUGUCCUAUAAACUAGUCUUUCUAGCCUGUUACGUCGCACCAACAAAUCCACGGUUUGGUGGAAAAGAGCUCCGAGAUGAAGAACAGACUGCAGAAAGCAUCAAAAACCAAAUGACCGUGAAAGAGUGGGAGAAGGUGUUUGAAAUGAGCCAAGAUAAGAACCUUUAUCACAAUCUGUGUACCAGCCUCUUCCCCACUAUCCAUGGUAAUGAUGAAGUGAAACGGGGGGUCCUGCUGAUGCUUUUUGGAGGAGUCCCUAAGACCACUUCUGAAGGCACUUCUUUGCGUGGGGACAUCAAUGUUUGUGUUGUUGGCGAUCCAAGUACAGCCAAGAGUCAAUUUCUAAAGCACGUGGAUGAAUUCAGUCCUCGCGCUGUAUACACCAGCGGAAAAGCCUCCAGUGCUGCUGGUCUAACAGCAGCUGUUGUAAAAGAUGAAGAGUCACAUGAGUUUGUAAUUGAAGCUGGAGCACUGAUGUUGGCAGAUAAUGGUGUAUGUUGCAUUGAUGAAUUUGACAAAAUGGACUUGCGGGAUCAAGUUGCCAUCCAUGAAGCAAUGGAGCAGCAGACAAUAUCCAUUACUAAAGCCGGAGUAAAGGCUACCUUGAAUGCCAGGACCUCCAUUUUAGCUGCAGCAAACCCAGUUGGUGGGCGCUAUGAUAGAUCCAAGUCAUUGAAACAGAAUAUAAACUUAUCUGCUCCCAUCAUGUCUCGGUUUGAUCUCUUCUUCAUUCUUGUGGAUGAAUGUAAUGAGGUUACAGAUUAUGCCAUUGCCAGACGUAUAGUGGAUCUGCAUGCCAGAGUAGAAGAAUCUGUUGAUCGUGUGUAUUCAUUAGACGAUAUCAGAAGGUAUCUGCUGUUUGCAAGACAGUUUAAACCCAAGAUAUCCAAGGAGUCUGAGGACUUUAUAGUGGAGCAGUAUAAACGGCUACGGCAGCGCGAUGGCUCUGGAGUGACAAAGUCAUCUUGGAGAAUCACAGUGCGGCAGCUGGAAAGCAUGAUUCGGCUCUCUGAAGCUAUGGCCCGUAUGCACUGCUGUGAUGAGGUUCACCCAAAGCAUGUGAAGGAGGCUUUCAGGCUUUUAAAUAAAUCCAUCAUUAGAGUUGAGACUCCUGACAUCAAUUUAGACCAAGAAGAUGAACAGCAAAUGGAGGAUCAAGAAGACCAAGAUGGAGUCAAUGGUGCAGCAGAACCUCCAGCUGGGGUUAAUGGCCUUGUGAAUGGGAUCAAUGGCCAUUCUGAGGACACGAACAAGGAUGGUGCACCAAAAGCUUCUCUUAGGCUGGGCUUCUCUGAAUACCGACGAAUUUCUAAUCUUCUUGUGCUGCACCUCAGGAAAGCAGAGGAAGAAGAGGACGAUUCAUCAUUAAAGAAGAGUGAACUUAUUAAUUGGUAUCUAAAGGAAAUUGAAUCUGAAAUAGAAUCUGAAGAAGAGCUAAUAAAUAAAAAGAAGAUCAUAGAGAGAGUCAUUCACCGACUUACACGUUAUGACCACAUUCUGAUAGAGCUGUCUCAGUCAGGCCUGAGGGGUUCCAGAGAAGAGGAGACUUUUGAUGAAGACCCAUACCUGGUUGUCAACCCAAACUAUCUGCUGGAAGACUAAAGGCAGAGAUCUGGGUUGUAGAACAGACUCAGACUAGUUACGUGUUGGAAAACGCAUUCUUUUCUGCAUUCUUGCAAUGGUUGUUACAUAGCUAUCUGAUUCAUAUGAAUGCUUUACUGUGUAACGCAUCAAUAUGCAAUUAAUAAUAUAUGAUUGAUUGUAGACACUGAGCAUACCUGAAAAUUUUUUAAAGUGCCAUGUAUUAGUUUCAUUUUUAAUUCUGUUUUCACUGCCAUCGUCCAGAUGCAGAGGAGGGUCACUCAACAGCUCUUUUUAGCAUCAAGCUACGUAGAUGCUUUGGUUUUAAAGGGGGGGAAUUUUGUUCUAUUCAUUGUUCUUAUUGUAUUUGGUAAAUUUUUUAUACUGUAGAUUUUAAAUGUUUUUCUUAAUAACAUAAAUAAAAUAUCAUUAAAUGUCUGGA